AUUACAAAUGACUCGUACCUCUGUUACGGGUGAGCUGGGGGCACUUCUUUAAGCGGUUUCCUUCAUUUAAAUGUCAUUUUUAUCUUACAUUAGUAACACACUGACCACAACUAGCUAAAAACAGCCUGUUACAAGAUUAGCUUUGUUUUCAAUAAACACCGAUAUGUUUACUUGCAUUAGGAGAAUACGACCAUCGUUCCUGACGAAUCUUCAAAAUCAUCACAAAAUCCACGACAUGCAAUAAAUGCUAUUUUUAAGAUAUAGAUAUACUUGCCUCGUGGUAAGGUUCGACUUGAUAUAUGUGCUGAUAAUGUUGCGUAGGCGUAAUCCCCACCUCCGUUUGAGCCAUUUUUUACAGAGUGCGCUUGAAGGCAACACAAAACUUUUCUGACAGUUUUGCUAGUGGGACGCGAGAGCACUGUCCCCGUUAAACCAUGCGAAGAACGGCGGAGUGGCUUCCACCUGCCAAGGAGCAGAGCUCCUGGCUACUAAGUUGGCUUCCAUCUUGGUGUCCUACUUCCCCUUCUCAGCUUAAAGAUGCAGAAGAGAAAAUGCUUCAAAGUGUAAAGCAGCCUUUUUCCAGACAGCACAUCCACAUCUCCAACGGGAACUGCAUGUGGACCAUUGCAUUUUCCACACAUGUGCAUCAAUCCAUCCCACAGCACCAAGCCCGGUCGAGCCCGCCUCUGGUUUUGCUGCAUGGCUUUGGUGGCGGCGUUGCCCUCUGGGCUCAAAAUCUGGACUGUCUCUCCAGCAGCGGUCCGGUCUAUGCUCUGGACUUGCUGGGAUUUGGUCAAAGCAGCCGCCCCAUGUUCAGCACCGAUCCCGAGGGGGCUGAGGAGCAGUUUGUGGGAGCACUAGAAGAGUGGAGGGAGAAAGUGGGCCUUGAGGAAAUGGUGCUUCUGGGACACAACCUUGGAGGAUAUUUAUCUGCCGCCUACACACUCAGACACCCUGACAGGGUAAAACAUCUGCUCCUGGUCGAGCCGUGGGGAUUCCCUGCCCGCCCCGAGAACCCCCACCAUAACUCCAUCCCGGUGUGGAUCAGAGCCAUGGGCGCCGUCAUGAGUCCCUUCAACCCGCUGGCUGGCCUCAGACUGGCCGGGCCUUUAGGUCCGACGCUGGUCCAAACUAUCCGGUCCGACUUCAAGCAGAAGUACUUGUCAGUGUUUGACGACAACACGGUGUCCAACUACAUCUACCAUCUAAAUGCCCAGACUCCGAGCGGCGAAACGGCUUUCAAGAACAUGACCAUUCCCUACGGCUGGGCUAAGCGGCCCAUGCUGGAACGGAUCGGCCAGGUACAGGCGGACAUCCCCAUUUCUUUUAUCUAUGGCUCCCGUUCCAGCCUCGACAGCGCGUCUGGAUACGCCUUCAAGAGAACCAGGCCGGAAGUGGAAAUCACGGUAAUUCGAGGAGCAGGCCAUUACGUUUUCGCCGACCAGCCAGAAGACUUCAACCAAACCGUCCUCCGCAUCCUCGCCAGGACAGACACGAAAAGCACAGACUCACACUCAAAUCCAUGACCACGCGUACUGUACUUUUGUUUUUUUUAAUGCCAACACACACAUGAACUAAACCCCACAACAACAUUAUCCUCAACAGGGAACUGUUUAAAGCUUCUCUAACGUGCACUUUACUAACCAAGGACGCUCGUCAGUCUUUCUAGACUUGUGUAAAUAGUUGGUGUGAAUAAAUGCAGCCUAUGAUGUGAUCAGGAAUUUUAAGGAAGUAAAAAAAAAAAAAAGCAAUUGGGCAAGUCUGGAGCUGGAAAGACAA